GCCACACACGUAUAGAUUCAAAAUGACGUCGACAAACACACCGGAAUGGGUUAAUCAACAGCUCUUUACGGGCUUACUUAAUCAUAAUUAUAAUGAUUUUGAAACAAUCAAAAAAUUUGUAUGUACUGCGGCGAUCAGUGGAGGCGAAAACUACCUGACUGUUGUGCUGCGCAUUGAAAUUGGAAUGCAAAUGAAAGAUAAGAGUAACAAAGAGAUUAGUUACAUAUUGAAAAUUCCACUGGUAAACGAUCGUGGAGUUGAGCACGAUUUUCACGAUCUGUUUGUCACGGAAGCUGAUAUGUACGAUCGUCUAGUGCCCGAGCUGGAGAAACUAUAUGAGAAACAUGCCUCGAUCCCGGUGAAAUUUAAGCCCAAACAUCUAAAGUUCCCAGAGAAUCCACCCAGUUGCGAUUACAUAUUGAUGGAGGAUCUCCGCUCCAAGGGUUAUAGGAAUUUGGAGCGUAUGUUUGGUCUGGGACAAACAGAAAUGAAAGCCGUACUCAAAAAACUGGCUCAAUGGCAUGCUGCCUCUGCUCGCAGGGUAGCAGAUGAGGGAGACUACGAGGAGCACUACCAGAAGAGUUACAUUUGCCCCGAGCACUACAAAUGGAUCGAGCAAUCGAAUAUCACAUUCAACGUACCCUUCUUGGAAUGCAUGCAGCACUAUGAACUCGACCCUGGCCAGCAGGUUUUGAUUAGCAACUACACCUCUCGCAUGACAGAAUUGUAUAUGGAUUUUGGUCGUAUAUCUCCAACAGAUUUUUCUGUACUAAAUCACGGAGAUUUUUGGUGUAACAAUUUUCUUUUUAAAGUGAACGACGGAGAGAUUGAAGACGUCUGUUUUGUGGACUUUCAACUUCCUAAGUAUGGAACUCCAGCCCAUGAUUUAUUCAGUUUGCUUAUGACAACACCAAACAUACACAUCAAAUUGGAGCAAUUUGAUCAUUUUAUAGAGUAUUAUCACAAAGAACUCGUCAAUCAUUUAAAAUUACUCAAAUAUGAGCGUAAAAUACCACACACAAAUCUUCACAAACAUGGUCUCUGGGCAUUUGUAUGCGCUCAGCGAAUGCUGCCCGUGUCGCUUUACCCAGCUAGCUCCGAUUCGAAUAUAGAGAACUUUAUGGGAGACUCGGAUGCGGCAAUCCAAUUCAAGCGUAAUAUUCUUCUCAAUCCCAGUUAUGUUAAACAGAUGAAACUAAUAUUACCUUGGCUCAUUGAAAGAGGCUACAUUAACUGAAAUAGUGUCACAAACUACAAUCAUUCAUAGACAAACUUGUAUUACUUGCAACAUUUUUUUAAACUCAGAAAAAUUACUAAGAUAUAGCAACAAAAUAAAUUACGCACUUAUUUAAGAUGAA